AGUAAGGCUAAGAGAAGAAAGAGAGACAUUUGCAAGGGAGCGGAAAAGAAAUAAAAGGAAAUCUUUUAGAUAAGAGUGUUAGGACCUUCAAUGUUGUAGGAUGUGGUCAAACGACCACAGAUAGACCUGUGUAGUUUGCAGUUCAUAGAGAAACUGAAGCAUAGACAUUGACAUGGAGUUUACCAGACGCUACCUGCCAUUGGAAUGGGAAGAGCGAUGGAGGAGAGAGAAAGAAAGGAGGAAAAGAGUGAUUGAAGAAGGUGGAGAAGAAGUAAUAGAACGUGAGUUGAAGAGGAUUGUGGCUUACAAUGACUCAAGGAUGGGGCUGAUGAGUGGAAGAGCUAGUAAAGAAGGGUCAGAAGUAAGGGCGAGGGGUUCAAAUCAGGAAGGAACAGGGGAGUCUAUUGGCAACAAAGCAUUAGGGGAUGAAGGGUAUGGUGAUGUCCGAACAUAUCGCAACGAGACCUAUACAAAGGAAGUGUUUGCCACCCUGAAGGAAUUCUGGGAUUUGUCCCUUCUCACAGACCUGACUUUAACCACUGAUAAGGACAUCUGUUUCCAUGUGCACACCCCAGUUCUUGCUGCUGUUAGCUCCUUCAUCAAAGAGAAGCUGAGGGAUGAUGAUGGAAGGCAAAGAAAGUCAAGCAAAGAGAAAGUCCAACAAAGGUCAGUUGCACUGGGUCCUGAGGUUGAUCAUGAUGGACUACAGGCUGUUCUGGAAUUUGCGUACACUGGAACAGUGUUAUCUUUGAACCAAGACAAUGUGGCUCAGAUUAAAGCUACAGCUCAAGCACUGGGGGUUCCUAGAGUACUGGAUCUAUGUAUGAAAGAAGAAAAGCUUAAGGGAUGUGGAAGUUCCAAAAAGAAAGAAAUAAAGAUCUCUGCUCUGGAGGAGAUGAAGAUUACACUUCAGUCCAUUAAACAGCUGUGGGUAGAUGGAGUGGGGUGUGAUGUGAUUUUGGACGUAGACGAUGCUUUAUUCAAGGUCCACAGAGCAAUCCUUGCAGCAAGCAGUGACUACUUCCGUGGCAUGUUCACCUGCGGGAUGAAGGAAUCAAACCAGACCCAUGUUGCCCUUCCCUUCCUCUUGGCUUCUGAGUUGGAGGCUCUCAUUGACUUCUCCUACAGCGGGAUCCUUCCACUAAGCUGGGAUUGUGUCUUUGAAAUCACCUGCACGGCACUCCAACUUCAGUUCCAGCCGGCCCUUUUGCUUUGCUACAACUUCCUGCGACAAGAAAUGGAUUCAGGCUCUUGCCUGGAUGUGGCAUCCUUUGCUGAAGCCUAUGGGGUGAUCGAGCUUCUUGAGGAGGCCAAUGACUUUGUACUGAGGAACUUCUGGGAGGUGUCAACUACCGCAAAAUUUAAGGACCUGCCAGCUGAGAAACUUCUAGACAUCCUCCGCUGUGAUGGCCUAUGUGCGCCCUCAGAAUUGGCUGUUUUCCGUGCUGUAUCCUCCUGGGUUGAGGCUGAUCCUGAGGAUAGAUUAGGCCAGGCUGGAUUGUUGAUGACCGGAGUCCGGUUUCCCCUUAUGACCUUUCGAGAGUUCAGGGAGGUCAGGGCUAUUAACCUGCGCAUGGAGUGCUCUGGAAACAAGGACGUGGAACUUUAUGGUUCAGCUCUCAAGGAAUUUGGAUUCAGCCUUCCUAAAGGCCAGGAUCAGUGCAGAGUCCGACAUCCUAAAGACGCUCUUGUUCUUGUCGGGGGAGACCAGUUGCACCCAGAUAUGGGUCAGCGCCUGCCAAGCAGGGAACUGUGGUUUGCAAACUCCCUUCGUAGUGGUACAGGCUUGGUUAAGGAGAUGGAGUGGAAAAAGUUGGGGGAGAUACCAGAUAAGUCAAAAUUCAGGCAUGGAGUGGCAGCAAUGUUGGGAAAAUUGUACGUGGUCGGAGGAUGCUAUUACUACACCAAGGACGACAUGAUGAAAUCUGCCUACAGCUACAACCCUGAGGAGAACAGUUGGAAGAGAUUAACUGAUAUGCAGGAGUUUAGAAGUAACUUCCCACUGGUGGUGCACGAGGAGCGUCUUUAUGCCAUUGGUGGAGAUAAGGAGCUGAACACCAACCUAGAAAGUGUUGAGAUGUACAACCCUGACACUGACUCCUGGAGCUUUGUCCGGCCUUUGGACCAGGCUCUGAGUGGCCAUGCUGCAACUGUCUUGGACGGGGGUAUCUUCAUCUCUGGAGGCUUUAACUGUAAGUAUGUAUGUCUGGUUUCCAUGUUCCUGUACCACCCAAAGAGAGGCACCACCUACCUGGCUGACAUGACCCACGACCGGGCCCAGCAUUGCAUGGAGCACCUGCGAGGUCGUCUCUAUGUCGCUGGUGGUGUCUGCAACCUCAGGAAGUUUUACACCGACCAACAAGCCUGCGAGGUUUAUGACCCUGUGGUGGACUCCUGGACUACUUUUGCAUCACUUCCUGUCCCUCAUGUGGGCGCAGCAUCAGUGGUCCUAGAGGAGAUGAUCUACGUACUGGGAGGAUACUGCCAGGAUGAUUACAGUGAGUCUGGACUGGUUCACCGGUUCAAUCCCAGCACACAGAAAUGGGAGAUCAUGGGAAAACUUCCAGGGGCUGUUACGGACAUACGGGCCUGUCUGCUCCGACUGCCAAAACACCUCAGGAUUUAGUAUCUUGCUGUAAAACAAAGAAACUUUCAUAAGUAGGCAUUUUGAUGUGAUCUAUUCAAAAAAUUUAAAUGCAUGAUUAGCAAAAGGAAAUAAGCAAAUUAUACAUUACAUAUUUCUACAGGCCCUUUUUAUGGCAUGCCCAUCUGCCUACCAUUGGUCAGUUUUCAAAAGGUACAGAAUAUAAGCUAGAAAUAUCUUGUUUAAAGCUGAAACACUUCUUAUAUUUGGUUAUGCUGUUAAAUAUAUCACAGUUUACUUUUUGGUGGCCAUUUCUCUCCAUACUGAAGAACACAUAUUCAAAAACUACAUUUUUCAUAAAUACCAACCCAUUAAGGACACUAUACCCAUCCGUUUGUUUUUGUUGGACCCUGUUUUCUUGUGCACCCUCAGAGUUGUUUUUAAUUUGUUGGUUUGUCUAUCACAAAGUAACAAUUUAAACCAGGAGUUCUCAACUGGUCAAGCCUCAGGACCCAACCCAGCUCCUUUGGUGGUUUGAUUGAAACAGUGCAGUUUGGACUUGAGAUGGAACAAAACUUUGGAAAGAAUAAAGAGAUGUAGACAUACUUUAAAUGCAUAUCAUGGAUUUUUUGCUGCAAAUUUUUUCCUAAAAAAAUUGAUUUGCAACCCACUUUGGAUCCCAACCAACCAGUCAAAAACUGCUGAUUUAGACUCAUGAAUCUAACAGAAAAAUUAACAUUAUGAACACUUGAUGAUACUAAGUCAAUACAGUUGUCUACCAUAUGAUUUUACAGCAAUUCAUGAGUCUAUCUACUAUCAAGUUUUAUAGAGGCAGGGUCAGACUGUCCCAGUACUCAGCACCUGUCCACAGUAAGCCAUCCUACUACUACUAGCUGGUUUGCUGACCAUGUUGUUGCUUUACUUAAUUGGUCAGCUAACUGGCCUGACUGAUCCCAUGGAUAAUACAUGAAGGGAUAUCCAGAAGCAGAUGAGAGACACCAGACCCAACAAUACAGAAGACCAGAAAGCAACAUGUACCUCACAACACUUUAGCAGUGCCACAGGCUGGUUGCCCUCAUGCGUUGGCACAAUAAUGCAGUGAUAUGUACAAAAGGAGCCCCAGUUAAGUAUUGAGCAACCAAAUAAACAUAAUUUUCUUAUAUUUUUAUUCAUAAGACAUUUCUGUUUAAUAAAGGCUUACUUUUAAUUGAUCUCAAGGAAAAAUAUUUCCUUGAUUACAAGGAAAAAUAACUUGCCUACGAAAUAUUGUGUUUUUUUUAAUCUGCACCAAUAAUUCCUUAUUCUAUUCAAGUCGAAUAACACGGCACAGGUAGUCACUGUUUCACAGCUAGAUUAAUAAGUUAUUUUUUAUCAAGCUAACUCAUUCGGCUAUCAAGGACGGCAAGUCAAUGGAAACGCCUGUAAGCUAGUUAGCAGCCUGUUAGCUUAGCUAGCAAACGGUCGUACUUUUUCUCCAAAAUCGACCAGAAAAUUCAUUAUUUACAUACUCGAGUCAUAUUUUGGACCAAAAAGUAUAUGAAAGGAAUCAUUUAGCAUGUAUUUUGAAUAUCACAGUGAUACUGCAGGGCUGAAUGAAUAAAUAAAUAGAUGGACUUUAGUGGUCUGACCUCUGUACAUUUAUGUAAGUGAAGACGAGGAGUAAGCUAGUUCAUCAAAGGAUUGUCUCUUAUACAAAGUGGGCUAAUUCAUUAUGGCAGAAUGGAAUAUUAAAAAAUUAGAAGACCCUUAAGUAUAUGGCAGCUUUCAUUACAAAAAAUAAAAGCCAAAAAUGAGACUAUACAACUCUUGUUUCACAUCAUUUACAGCUACGCCGAGAUAUAAAACAAUGAUAAUGAAAUACAGCAGUAUGUAUUUGAAUAGGAGCUUGCCUUUUCAUCAAGAGUGUGUCAGCAGACAGCAGAGGGCGCUGCUGUUCCACAGUUAAACACGGACCUGCUGGUUUCAUGACUGUACGUCAGUAGCUACAUGUCGACUAAAAAGAGGUUUAUAUUAAUAUUCAUAGAGCAACUUGCAGGUUAUUAUCAAAAUUUUUAUAAUUGGUUUUAGAUGUUUCACAGCAUAAAGGGCACCAAGAGGAAAAAGUGUU